CGACAAAAGUCAAGUCAAAAAGUGGCUUCUCCGGGUAAUGAGCGCAGUGGAGCUGGUCGGGCUAGUGUGGGAGGGACGCGUCGACAUAGUGUGUGGACACAGCUGACACUCGGUGCGGUGUAUCGACGACAUCACAAGUUGGGCUGACUUGCUGCCUUUGGUGUUUGAUUGGAAGUCGCUGACAGGUCACCUGUCACAAUGAAGAAAAGCAAAAGCAAAAGCUCCAUCGUUACACCGGUCAAGCAAACGAGCGUUACCUCGACAGAAUUGACGACUCUGAUCGAGAAGCUGCAGAGGAAUGCUGAUAAAGUGGAGAAGAACAUCUAUGAUGUGGAGCAGAACCUCAACAAGGAUGUCAGUAAGAUCAAUGAGGGCAAGCAGCCACUGUAUCAGGAGGAUACCAACAAGCGACUCCUCAAUUCUCUGGAGCUGCUCGUCGGCCUGGAUGAUGAUGCUGUCAAUGCCAAGCGCCUUCGGCAUCCUCAGGCAGAGAUGAUAGAACAAGACAUGAGGCAGCUGCGGGAGAGAGUGAACAAGCUGAGAGAUGACCACGAGCGUAUCUACCAACUCCUGCGCACGGAGGGAGUGCCCACCAUCAACUGGGGCAACAUGAUGGAUGAGAAACUGGACAUGCUGAGCAACAAGGGCUUUGGCCAGGACCUACCAUCUGUGGAGAAUGACGUGGAGGAACACAACAUCUUUCAUAGUGAGGUGGAAGCUUUGGCUCCUCACAUUUCUGCUGGUGGUGACAAGGAAUAUGUCAGUGGCCUCCAGAUGAAGUACAACAAAUUGCUGGCCCUUUCCAGUGAUCGCCAGCGCCACCUACUGAGCCUCCGUGACUACAUGCAACGCUGCACCAACGAGCUUUACUGGAUGGACCAGCAGGCUGAUGAGAGAAUCAACUAUGACUGGAGUGACGCCAACCUCGACUAUCCUGCCCGCCAGAGACAGUAUGAGAACUUCAUCAGCAAAUGUCUGGAGUCCAAGGAGGGGACAAUCACCAAGCUCAAUGAAGAUGGAGAAAAGUUGAUUGCAUCAAAGCAUCCAGGGGCAAAUGUUAUUGAGGCUCAUACAGAGGCUGUGCAUGCUGACUGGAAGGAGUACCUCAAUCUGCUCAUCUGUGAGGAAAAUCACCUGAAACACAUGGAUGAAUAUCACAAGUUUCACAAGGAGGCACGUGACACCCAGGACCUGUUAAAGCGACUGGACACGGAGGUCAAACAAAAAUACAACCCUGAGUUCAAGGAUGUGUACCAGAUGGAAGCUCUGAUCAGAGAGCUGGAGGACCAAUCCAAAGCCAUGGACCAUUUUGAUGAACGGGUCAAGGCUCUUCAGAAACGUGGCCAGCAAGUUUUGCCUCUGAAGUACAGACGGGAGAACUCGCAAAAGCUUCUCCCCGUUGAAUCUCUAUGCGAUUUCGACACGGAUGAGGGGCAAAUUGUGCGUGGAAACCGAUACGCUCUACUUCGCAACAAUGGAGCCAAGUGGGACGUGAAAGACGCAGCUGGACAAAAAUUGUCUGCUCCAGCCAUCUGUUUCAUUAUUCCCCCCACAGAUGCUGACGCUGUAUCCCUCGUUGACAACUUGGCUGGACAGCAAAAUUCUCUCAAGCACAAACUGGGAGACAGCAAAGCAGCACUGCUGAAGCGCUUUGAUGAGCUGAAAAAAUCCAGUGGCGGUGCAGACAAGCAGGAGCAACAGUGUCGCCAAAUGAUGGCUGGACUAGAUAAAGUUGCCCGAGACCUGGACACACAAGAGAGAGCUCUUCAAUCUCGAAUGCGCCCACCGCUGGAUCUGAAGAAGCCGCUUCAGGAUAGCAGUGACCGCCUGCAGGAUUUGAGGGAUAUUGACAUUGCAGUUCAUAGAAUUGAACCAGAAAAGACCUCCAAAGUGCAAGAAGCAAAGAACUUUUUGGUCUCAAACUCGAAAUGUCCCAGCGCUCCUUACCUUCACAGUAAAUCUGAUGAUGUCAACAAGAAGUACAACUCCUUAGAGCAGCUUCUUCAGUUGUCUCAGGAAAAAAUGAAGAAUUCUAACCAGCUGGAGGCUUCACUUCAAAAUGGAAAGGCUGUACUGUCCAGUUACGAGAACAGGUUGGCCAGGGAGGAGGUGGCUCCUCCCGAUUUGUCGUCAUUGGAGAAAACUCAGCGCGAGCUUGCCGAUAUUGCGUCAGAUCUAAGAUCCAAGAGAGCGGUGGUCAAUGAGACUGAGCAGAACCUGCGUUUGGCCAAAAGCAGCGCUGACCAAAUGGCCAUAAAAUUCCAAGAGCAUUGCCCUGACAUUGAGAGACAGGAAGCUGAUGUCCAGAAGCUAAACAAGCGCUUCAACAUCCUGAACAAUCAGGUCGACAUCAGGUCUCAAUGUUUGCAGAGGGCUAAGAUGUCAAACAAUAAUUAUCGCAACGAUUAUAACAACAUGAACAGCUGGCUUGCUCGUAUUCCAAACUACGAGCCGUCUGAAACCGAUGACUUAAAGCAGCUGGACGUCAAACUCAAGAAUCAGAGGAAUUUGCUCUCAGAUAUCGCAAGGAAAGAAUCCGACAUGAACAAUCUUUCCAAAAAUAGCCAACUUUACCAGCAAGCUAUCAAAGACUAUGAGACAGAAACUGGGAAGUUCAGAUCCAUACUCGACCUUGAUGAUGGACUUGUACCUCAGACAUACAAGCGGAGCCGAAUGGAAUCUCCUUCACUGUUAGUCAAAGCAGAGGAAGGUGCUGUUGAGGCCAAAUAUACUGAGGUCAACUCUGUGAACAAGCAAAGACUACGUAACCUGGAGUUCGCCCAUAGCCUUCUCAGCCAGCAACCAGAUAUCCCGCUGAUCCAGUCCACAAAUGUCCAGUCAGUUAAUGCCUCUGCCGGAGGGGAGCUUUGGAGAAUUAAGAAGCAGUUGCAAGAUGAGAUCCAGAGGAGAGAGCAGUUAGAGAAAGAAAUUGAGAUAAUCCAGACUGACAUAUAUGUCUUGGAAGGACAGAAGCCUCAGGAUACUAUUGUCAAGAAGGAGCUAAUCAAAAAAGUUCCUGAUCCUCAGCUAGAUGAGGAAGUGUAUAAGGUUCAGCAGAAGCUUUCAGAGGAACGUCGGAUUACACAUGUUCUGGAGAAUGAUUAUGAAGUCCUAAAAUUGAAGCUGCGUGGUGUUGAGACCGAGGUCAAGGAAGGAGCACAGCAAUACAUGGUGAAAGAGGUUCUCAGGAUCGAAAGAGAUCGUGGUCAGGAAGAGGAGAUGCGCCAGCUUCGGGAAGAGUUGGAAGAGCUCAGAAGGCAGAAGUUGCUCAAAGACAAUGAGAUUAUUCAGAUCAAAAAGCAGGUGACCAUCCUGGCCGGAGAAAAGAAUAAGGAGCAAGAAGUUAUUAAAGAAGAAGAAGUAAUAAAAGUUCAAAAUGACCCCCAACUUGAAACCGAAUACAGACUUCUCUUGAGCAGGAGACAAAAAGAAACUGAUGGAAGGAAGCAAUUGGAGGAUGAAUUGAAAUUUCUUCAGGAGAAACUCCGUCGGCUGGAGAAAGAGAAAGCAAUGGCUGAGGAGAAGAUUUCCAUUAAGGAGGUCCUUAAAGUAGAGAAGGACGUUGCCCUCGAAAGGGAGGUGGAAAACCUUAGGAGGCAGUAUGAAGAUGAGAAGGCCAAGCGGAGAUCAUCCCAGCGAGAAAAAACGGACCUUCAAAGAAAGAUUACUAGUCUGGAGGAGGAGAAGUCCAAGGUUGUGAUCCAAGAGAAGAUGCGGGAAAUUGUCCGUCCUGACCCCAAGGCCGAGAACGAGGUAGCCAAUCUCAGACUUGAACUUGUCGAGCAACAGAGGCGCUAUAAAGAUGCGGAGAUGCAGUUUAGAUCUUUGCAGGAUGAGCUGACCAUGCUUAAGAACAGGGGACCUCUAGUGGAGGUCAAGGAGAUCAUCAAAGAGGUCAUCAAGUACAAGACCGAUCCACAGACUGAAAGAGAACUUGAGAGACUUCGCAAUGAAAUUGUUGACAAAACUCACCAGACUGAGAAAUCUGAGAUGGAGAUCCGCCAACUUAAUGAUGAAAUUCAUAGAUGGAAAGAAAUGAAACCUCAAGUGCAGACUAAAGAGGUUGUCAAUGAAGUGCUGCAGUACAGAGAGGACCCAAAAACGAAGGAAGAAGUUGAGAUCCUUAAAAGAAGACUGGCUGAAGAACAGUCGAAACGUCUCGAACUUGAGAGAGAAAGGUCAUCCCAAGAGGAAAAGAUCAGACUAAGGAAGAUAGAUCUUUCUCAGGUGCGUGAGAAGUUUGUUCAGCAGGAAGUGGUCAAGAUGGAAGAGGACGCUAUGCUCCGUUCAGAGUGUGAAACCUUCUCGCAAAACAUUAACAAUGAGCAGAGACAGAAGGAUACUCUGAAAGCCGAGCUCUAUCAACUGCAGAGACUGAAGGCCGACUUGGAAAUGCAGUUGGAGGAACUUGAGCGCGAGCGUAGGGCAAGACGUGACGCCGAAUUGGAGAUCCAGAGACUUCGGGUCAGACUUACUGAGCUGGAGAUGCGAGACAAAGAAAAUCGUGAGAAGGUGACUGUCAAGCAAAAGGUAGUCCUGCAGCAAGAUCCUCAACAAGAGAAGGAACAUUCUAUUCUCAAACUUCAGCUGGAUGAAGAGAGGCAUAAACGUAUCUUGCUUGAGAAAGAGCUGAACGCGCUGAUCCAGCAGCAGGUUACCUUGGAGAAGAUGGACGUGAAAGAAAGAAUUGUUCGCACGGAGAAGGUUCAGGUUGAGAAGGAUCCGGAGGCUGAGCAUGAAAUUGAGAACCUCAAGAGGACUCUGGAGGAGGAGAAAAGAAGAAAGAGAGACCUCGACCAAGAGUUGGUAACUGUCACUUCCAGGAUGACUGAGAUCGAAUUUUCCAACACCAAGUCAAGUAAGGAGCUGGACUAUAUCCGAGAUGAAAGUAGUCGCCUGCUGCAGGAAAACCAAAGAUUGCAGAAUGAAAUUCGCAAGCUUCGUUCUGAGAUUGAGAUCACCAGCAAAGAGACUCAGCGUAUAACUGAGUCGGGACCGAGAGACGAUGGAAAGAACCUGGAGUUAAGGCUUGACUCACUACAGAGAGAACUUGCAGAGCUCAGAGGCAUCACCAUGAAAAAAGACGAGGAGAUAGAGAGGCUACAAAAGAGUCUAUCAGCUGUUAGGAUGAAGAGAGAACAGAGAGAAAGCCAUUUGAGAAGGUCCAUUGUUGUUAUUGACCCAGACACAGGUAAAGAAAUGAGACCAGAGGAAGCCUUUAAGCUGGGGCUGAUCGACUGGAAGAUGUUUGUCAACCUGCAAAGCCAGGAGUGUGAUUGGGAGGAGAUCACAGUCAAGGGGCCUAAAGGAGAAUCAUCUGUACUCCAUGAUAGGAAAUCAGGGAAAAAAUUCUCCAUCGAUGAUGCUUUGAGUCUUGGCCACAUCACAAAUCAUCAGCUUCAGCAGUACAUGAACAAACAACUAACUAUCCAGGAGUUUGGUGUAUUGGUGUCGGGGAAGAACAAGUAAAUGAAUCGACAGGAGCAUGUUUGGUUUCAUGCAACAAAAAUUUGAUCUUUUUUAAAAUAUGUUUGCCUUUUACUUGCUUCUGAUUUAGCUUUUUUGGUGAACUGGCACCCCCCCCCCCCCCCCCCCCCACUUCCUUUAUUACAAAAUGCACUCUGUACUUAUUUGCUUAUUCAUACUCCGCUUUAUGGUAUAAAAAUGAACAUGCUGUUAUAACCAAAUUAAAUUGCCAUUAAAUACGGUUUCUGAAGAAUGCCCUUUGCUGAGCUUUAUUUUACUACACUGGGUACAAGGGUAUGCAACUUUUCUUUUUUUUUUUCUAAUACAAUGCAUUAGGAGACUGGAAUGUUUUGAUGAUUUGGGGGAUUUUCCCAGGAAAUUAAAUGUAUUCUAUGCCUAAAUAAAAGUCAAGUUAAAAGGA